AUGGCCCCUGAAGCUAGACUGGCCAUCUACAAAGCCUGUUGGCAAAAUUACUGCUACGACGUAGACACAGUUGCUGCUAUGGACCAAGCUGUUGCUGAUGGCGUCGACAUCAUUUCUAUCUCAAUUCACUCGUCAGGUGAUUUGCCAUUUGACCAGGAUGUUAGAGGUAUCGCUGCGUUAGGAGCCAUGGAAAAUGGUGAUUUUGUUUCGGCAGUUGCAGGCAACUAUGGACCUUAUUCGUCUACUCUUAGUAACACGGCGCCCUGGAUGACUACCGUGGGUGCGAGCAGCAUCGACAGAGAUUUCCCUGCUUCUCUAGUACUGGGCAACCAGGUUAUAUUGAGAGGCACCUCUACAUUCAAAGGAGAUGGAAAAUUGCAGGGGCCAUUCCCUCUGGUUUACGUAUCCACUAACAAUAGCUCAAGGCGUUGCCUUGAUGGCAGCCUUGAUCCCGAUUUGGGGAAGGGUAAAAUCGUUGUGUGCGAUCAGUUGCUAUUCUCCUACAACGAUGAUGAGUACGGCCCUCGGUGGAAGGGUAACGUAGUGGCCAAAGCAGGGGGUGCAGGAAUGAUAGUUGCAAAUGAAAGGCUGAUUGGGACCCAGCAGGGAUUCAUGGACACUUUUAAUUUGCCUGCCAUCACUGUUAGUUUUACAGUUGGAGAAAUAAUCAAAGGCUAUAUAAAGAGCACCGCCAAUAAUGCCAUGGCCUAA